AUGGAGAACUGGCAUCCCACCGCUCGUGAGCUCCUCUGCCGGCGCCGCCGGGGAACAACCUUGCUGCCUUUGCUUGUAUGUGCCCCGGGCCUGCCUGCACGGUCACAGGCAUAUGUGACUGUGCGUUUCCUCGAUGUCUCUGUUGUCACUGUUGUGAAGGCACAGCCUCGUGGCGCGGCCCACGCGUUGAUUGAUGCGCGCAGUUGCUCGCGGGAGUCGAAUUGCCCUUCAGGAGGCAGGCAGUCGGCUGGAAACUGCCUAGGCUCACAGGCCGGCUUCGGGGCGCCAUUGGCCGGGCUCGGUUGA